CUCCGCAGGUGCGCUUGUGUCGUCACUGCCUAGUUACAAGUGGCAGGAAGAUCAAAGAUUUCUAACUUAGUUACCAUGUUAGCUCGGACACGGUGUUGCUGCUCUUAAACGUCGCUUCAGCUGCUUGUUUGCACACUUUUAAGAUUACCUGAAGCGUAGAAAGUUGCGGUUUUUUUAGAAGUUCAAGGUGAAGGCGGAACAUGGGUAAAAAAGAGGAGAAAAAUCCGGACAGCGAGUAUGGAGAACCUGCUCAGUUUGAUCCGACAUUCAACGGACCCAUAAAGAAAAGAGGGUGCACUGAUAUAAUCUGCUGUAUCCUGUUUAUGGCAGUCAUCCUCGGCUAUGCAGUAGUCGGGAUUUUAGCUUGGCUCUAUGGAGAUCCUAGACAUGUUCUUUAUCCAAGAAACUCAACUGGAUGGUUCUGUGGCACUGGACCAAAUAAAGACCGGCCUAACCUGUUCUACUUUGACUUUCUCAAGUGUGCCUCAUCUGUUAAUGUUAUGGCAACUGCCCUGAAUGGUUUUCAGUGUCCAACCACACAGGUGUGUGUGGAAUCUUGUCCCGAUAUGUUCUGGGCUGUGGGAGUAGACAAAUAUUUUCCAGGUGUAAAGCCAGCAGAUGUUUUCAAUCAAAGCCUUUGUGUGCCAUCCAUAGACCUGAAAAAUACUAGAGAGGAUGUUUCACAAAUCAUAAACAAGGAGCUGUGUCCUUUCUUCACUGUUCCCACGACCUCUGUGCUGGGGAGAUGUUUGCCAGAUAUCGCAGCCCUGGGGAACAUACCUUCAUCCUUUUCCGGUAUUCCAGGCUUACCCUCCACAAUUAAUGACACAAUCAACACAAUCAAGAAUGGCACUGGGGAUGUCGUCAAUGGCUUCAAUGCCAGAGACGUCGGCAUCCAAAUCUUUGAGGAUUUUGCAUCGUCAUGGCCGUGGAUCCUCAUUGGUCUGUUAAUAGCCAUGGCGGUCAGUAUGUUGUUCCUGCUGCUGCUAAGAUUCACAGCUCCAGUCAUGGUGUGGGUGCUCAUCAUAGGAGUCCUGGGUGCUGGGGCAUAUGGUAUAUGGCAUUGCUACUGGGAGUACGAUAACUACAAGCAAACCUCAGCUACCAUAUCUGACGUUGGUUUCACCACCAACUUCAAAGUUUACCUGCAAGUCCAAGAGACCUGGCUGGCCUUCUUGAUAAUCAUUUCUGUGGCCGAGGCCAUCAUUCUCCUGACCAUCAUCUUCCUGCGGACCAGAAUCCUCAUAGCCAUCGCUCUCCUCCAGGAGUCCAGCAGGGCUAUCAGUCACAUGAUGUCCUCUCUGCUGUACCCUCUCAUCACCUUUGUUCUCCUGGUGGUGUGUGUUGCUUACUGGGGUGCCACUGCUCUAUAUUUGGCCACUUCAGGGAACCCAAUCUACAGAGUGGUGGCUCUCAACUCGACUGCGGAAGGCUGUGACAGAAUCAAUGGCUCUGUGGACUGCGACCCUCAGAACUUCACCGCAUCAGAUUACUCAGAAUGCUCCUCUGCCAGCUGCAUCUUCAUCAAAUACAACGACGAGGGUCUCUUCCAGAGGAACCUCUUCAACCUGCAGAUCUACAACGUGGUGGCUUUCCUCUGGUGUGUCAACUUCGUCAUCGCCUUGGGACAGUGUACGCUGGCUGGGGCCUUCGCCUCCUACUACUGGGCCUUCACCAAACCAGAUGACAUCCCCAUGUUCCCUCUGACUGCCAGUUUUAUACGCUCACUCAGGUACCAUGUGGGCUCCUUGGCAUUCGGUGCUUUGAUCCUGACCCUUGUGCAGCUAGUGAGGAUGAUUCUGGAGUACAUUGACCACAAAACAAGAGCGGCACAGAAUCCAUGUGCUCGUUUCUUAAUGUGCUGCCUGAAGUGCUGCUUCUGGUGUCUGGAGAAGUUUAUAAAGUUCCUCAACAGGAACGCUUACAUCAUGAUUGCCAUUUAUGGGAAAAACUUCUGCGUCUCAGCCAGAAAUGCUUUCAUGCUGCUCAUGAGAAACAUAAUAAGGGUCGUGGUGCUUGAUAAAGUGACAGACCUGCUAUUGUUCUUCGGGAAGCUCCUGGUGGUCGGGGGUGUAGGUGUAUUGUCCUUCUUUUUCUUCUCUGGACGAAUCCUGUUACCAGGCAACACCUUCCGCUCUGAAACCCUCAACUAUUACUGGAUGCCAAUUAUUACAGUGGUGUUUGGCAGCUACCUCAUAGCUCACGGAUUCUUCAGCGUGUACAACAUGUGUGUCGACACACUCUUCCUCUGCUUCUUGGAGGACUUGGAGCGUAACGAUGGAUCUCUACAGAAGCCGUACUUCAUGUCCAAAAACCUCAUGAAGAUCCUCAACAAGUCCAACAAAGCACCAAAAAAGGGUAAAGGGAAGGACUGAAGACAUUUUACCUGACGUCAUGAAACCACAUCAAUGCUGUCAGAUUUUCAGGAUCACUUCAUCUGCAUCUUUUUUUUUUAGUUUACUGAAACAUAUUUGCUGAUUUUGCACUUUUUAAUGAUUAUUUUUACUGUAUAUGUACAUAUGUAGUAGUAAUGACUGCAUAUAUGAACGGGCUGGGCACGUGUAUGCAAAUAAUGUGUAGAUUUUAACGACAUUUCUUCAUUUAACCGUCUAAAUGUCAAAUUUGUUUUUGUUCACUCAGCAUUCAUGCUGCACAUUUCAGUUCUGGAUGAUUUAUCACGUUUCAUUUAUUCCAGAUAUAUAGAUUUUUAAUGCACGUAAAGGUAUGUAUGUUUUUUUAUUUUCACUGAGAAGCUUUCAUAGGACUCUGAUGUCAUUUCUGCAGACAGAACAAAAGAAUUUGCAACAACAAAUGUUCUUAAAUAUCACAUUUAAACAUCUAUUUUUAAAGAUUUGUAAAAAGAAAUGUUUUAUAAAUGCAAACAUUUUAAUGACUUAUUGAUUUAUAUUGAAAAUACUGUAAUAAAGUUGUAAAUAUGG